UUGUUCAUGUCUUCAUCACAAUACAAACUUCUAAACAAUUUUUACUCUUUUUUCUAUCAGUUAAAAGGAUUGGCAGAGUACAUGAAACACCUUGGAUAUGAAGAUGCAAAAAGAAUUGAAGACUACACAGUUGUUUUGGAAAAGAUGAAAUGGCGUAGCAACAAUGACUAUACAAACUGUGGAGUUUACAUUAUGAAGCAUAUGGAAACCUUCACUGCUGAUCCUAAUGAGAGCUGGAUUUGUGAUUUAAAACCAAACAAUGUGGAACAAAUUAGAAAGCUAAGGCUCCAAUACACAGCAGAACUGAUGUUAUUUUAA